AUGCGUUUAACAACCACCCCAUUAUUCGUCCUCCUCUGGUCUUCUCUGGCCGUAGGGGCCCCGCCGUCCCUGCCAUGGGUCGCAAACAAUCAGGUCCCAAUCAGCUUGGCAGGCAACGAAUUGCGCGUCCCAGGAGAUAACCCGUUGAACUUCUGCUUCCCGCCUGAAAACGAUAUCUUGACUAUCAACUGGGUUGAUUUGUCCCCAAAUCCUCCUGUGCCUGGCCAAACGCUCACCAUUACCGCUUCUGGUACCUUCCACAAGCAGGUUGAUGAGGGCUCGAAGGUUCAAAUACAGGUGAAAUACGGUCUAAUUCGGCUGGUCAACCAAGAGGCCGAUCUGUGCGAUGAGAUCAAAAAUGUGGAUUUGGAAUGCCCGCUCGAGAAGGGAAAUACGUCUUUUACGAAGAAGGUCGACUUGCCUAAGGAGAUCCCACCUGGAAGGUACACUGUCCUCGCCGAUGUGUACACCAAUAAGAAGGAGCGGAUAACAUGCCUCCAGGCCGAAGUAACUUUCAGCUUAUAA